UGCAGAAGGUUUCGCAGGAGAAAAUGGAAGUCGGAAAACUGAUUUUGGUGUUGAGUUAUCUACAAUAUGUAUACCCUCUAUUUAUCAUUUACCUCUUUUUCCUUCCAUUGGAGAGAACUCCACCUCCACACUUUGAUGUAUCAACUUCUUUAGUCAAGUAUUUGCCUGGCUUCGGUUUUCUUCCUUUUCAACUAGAUACUGGAUAUAUAGGAGUUGGUGAAGGUGAGGAAGUGCAACUGUUUUAUUAUUUUGUGAAGUCAGAGUCGGAUCCUGAAACCGACCCGCUUAUACUAUGGAUAACAGGUGGACCUGGUUGCUCUUCACUUGAAGGAUUGACUAUGGAAUUUGGUCCUCUGCACUUUGAUGAUAUGGAGUAUAAUGGUAGUUUACCUACUCUAUCAUUGAAUACCCAUUCAUGGACCAAGGUGGCAAGCAUAAUCUUUCUAGAUUUGCCAGUGAAGACAGGAUUCUCUUAUGCAACAACUGAAAAGGCAAAUCAAACAAAUAAUUUACAAACUGGUGAACAUGCUUACCAAUUUCUUCAAAAGUGGUUGGCUAAUCAUUCAAAGUUCCUUCAAAAUCCAAUAUAUAUUGGCGGUGACUCGUACUCUGGGACAACUGUUCCAAUUGUUGUUCAAACAAUAUCAAAUGGGAAUGAUGCGAAGACCAAGCCAAUGAUUAAUCUUAAGGGUUACAUACUUGGAAAUCCUUUGACAAUUAAUCCAGAUGAAUUAAACUAUAGGAUCCCAUUUGCUCAUGGUAUGGGACUUUUAUCUGAUGACCUGUACAAGGCGUUAGUGUCCAACUGUAGAGGAGAAUAUCAGAAUAUAGCUCCGAACAAUUCAGCUUGUUCUAAUAGCGUUCAGACAUUCAAUAAGUUAUGCGAGGGAAUAAAUAAAGAACACAUUCUAGAGCCUCUUUGUGAUAGUGUUUCGUUAAAGAGAUACAGAUCAGUUGGCUGCAGAACAUCUCUUUAUGCGAAGCUCCACAAACUCGAGAAUUCAAUGGUGCUUCCCGGAGUUAAAUGUCUUGAGGACUGGCGCAAGCUUUCUGUUCAUUGGGCCAAUGAUGAUAGUGUUCAAGAGGCUCUUCAUGUUCGAAAGGGAACCAUUCAAAAUUGGACACGAUGCAGGGGAGACUUAUCUUUCACAUACAAUGUCUACAAUGUUGUACCAUAUCACGCCAAUCUUAGCGCCAAAGGUUAUAGGUCACUUAUAUACAGUGGUGAUCAUGAUUUGACUAUUCCUUUUAUUUCAACUGAAGCAUGGAUUGGAUCACUUAACUACUCAGUUACUGAUGAUUGGCGGAAAUGGAUUGUAAAUGGCCAAGUUGCUGGCUACACGAAGUCUUACUCUAAUAAUUUGACAUUUGCCACUGUGAAGGGAUCAGGUCAUGUGGCUCCUCUUUGGAAACCUUUAGAAUGUUUAACCAUGCUUACAAAAUGGAUAUCUUACAAACAACUUUAGGUCUUCUCAAGGUCU